GUCAAGCAUCACGCUAGCCACCAGCAUGCUGUACUCCCCAGCGGAGGCGGUUUUCACCAAUCAGGGAAUGGCGGCUCACAUCACCCACUGCCGCCUCAAAGCCAAGGGCAUGGGCCAACACCACAACGCCCAGAACUUCCAUAACCAGAGCUUUGAGGACCUGCAAGCCACCUGUCUGAGGAAGGGGGAGCUGUUCGAGGACUCCUUUUUCCCUGCCGAACCCAGGUCCCUGGGCUUCAAGGAUCUGGGUCCCAACUCCAAAAGCGUGCAGAACAUCUCCUGGCAGAGGCCCAGUGAAAUCACAAGCAAUCCUCAUUUCAUUAUGAAUGGGAUCAGUCCAACAGACAUCUGCCAGGGUGUACUUGGGGACUGCUGGCUGCUGGCUGCCAUUGGCUCCCUCACCACCUGCCCCAAACUGCUGUACCGUGUGGUACCCAAGGGGCAGAGCUUCAAGAAAAACUAUGCAGGCAUUUUCCAUUUUCAGAUUUGGCAGUUUGGACAAUGGAUGGACGUGGUGGUGGAUGACCGGCUGCCCACAAAGAAUGGCAAGCUGGUGUUCGUGCACUCGGCUGAGCGCGCUGAGUUCUGGAGUGCCCUGCUGGAGAAGGCAUAUGCCAAGCUGAAUGGGUCCUAUGAAGCUCUGUCGGGGGGCAACACAGUAGAGGGCUUUGAAGACUUCACAGGGGGCGUGACCUAUAGCCUCCAACUCCAGAAGCCCCCUCGGAACCUGCUGAGGAUUCUUAGGAAGGCCAUAGAGCGGUCCUCCCUCAUGGGCUGCUGCAUCGAAGUCACCAGCGACAGUGAGUUGGAGGCCAUGACCCAGAGGAUGCUAGUGAAAGGGCACGCCUACUCCGUGACCGGCCUCCAUGAUGUCUUCUACAGAGGCAGGACGGAAACCCUGAUUCGGGUCCGGAAUCCCUGGGGCCGGAUCGAGUGGAAUGGAGCCUGGAGUGACAAUGCCAGCGAGUGGGACAAAGUGGCCCCAGAAACCCAGAAACAGCUGCUUCAGAAGAGGGAGGAUGGGGAGUUCUGGAUGUCCUACCAAGACUUCCUGGACAACUUCACGCUCCUGGAGAUCUGCAACCUGACGCCUGACACGCUCUCUUGGGACGACAGGGGCUGUUGGCACACCACCUUCUGCGAGGGCAGCUGGCGGCGGGGCAGCACUGCGGGGGGCUGCAGGAACCACCCCGACACAUUCUGGACCAACCCCCAGUUCAGGAUCUCUCUCCCGGAGGGGGAUGACGACCCAGAGGACGACGAAGUUGUCUGCACCUGCCUGGUGGCCCUGAUGCAGAAGAACUGGCGACGGGCACGGCCCCUCGGAGCCCAGCUGCAGACCAUUGGAUUUGUCAUCUACUCGUUUCAGAACAUCCAGGAUACUCGCUUGAAGAAGGACUUCUUCAUAAAGUAUCAGGACCAUGGCUUCUCAGAGAUCUUCACUAAUUCGCGGGAGGUGAGCAGUCAUCUCCGGCUGCCUCCGGGGGAAUAUGUCAUCAUUCCCUCCACCUUUGAGCCACACAGAGAUGCCGACUUCCUGCUACGGGUCUUCACAGAAAAGCACAGCGAGUCCUGGGAACUGGAUGAAGCCAACUGUGCUGAGCUACUCCAGGAGGAGAAGUUCUGUGAGAAUGACGUAGACCAGGACUUCAUACAUUUGUUUGGGAUAGUGGCAGGAGGAGAGGACAAGGAGAUAGGCAUGUAUGAGCUACAGAAGCUGCUCAACAAGGUGGUCACCAAAUUCAGAAACUUCAGGACCCAGGGCUUCGGCCUGGAUGUGUGCCGCUGUAUGGUCAACCUCAUGGAUAAAGAUGGCUCUGGCAAGCUAGGGCUUCUGGAGUUCCAGAUCCUGUGGAAAAAAAUCAAGAAAUGGACGGACAUCUUCCGAGAGUGUGACGAGGACAACUCAGGCAGCUUGAACUCCUAUGAGAUGCGCUUGGCAAUUGAGAAAGCAGGCAUCAAGCUGAAUAACAAGGUGAUGCAGGUGCUGGUGGCCAGCAUACUUUCUAUCCAUGGACCCCAAGAACACUGGCUAUAUUCGCUUGAAUCUGAACCAGUGGCUGCAGACAACCAUGUGGGGAUAGGGGAGCCCCAAGAGCCCGGCGCCCACCACCACCACUGCAGGGCUCCGGGCUCAGGGGCAGGGCACUCCUUACUGCUCUCGGCUCCGCAUUCCCUGCCAAUGGAACGGGCUCCAGGUAGUGGCACCUGGGCCCCUUACUCCAGCACCAGGCCGUCCAUUGCCCACCCCCCCCCCCCAGCCCAAAGUGUUUCUCUUUUUCCCCAGCCAGCUUCUGGUGGCUGGAUUUCCCCCAGUCUCUCUCCCUCUCUGAGUAUAUUCUACUGAAGAGUAAGUGCCACUUCCCCAGUGGCUGUGGAGGCUCUCCACACUUUCCUGCUCACACAUACCCGCUGCCUACCUCUCCAGGCUUGGGCCCUCCCUUCUCUCCCUCACUUGGGGGCAUUGUUAUAAUAAACAGCCAUUGCCACUGG